AACCCUACAUUUUGCUAUAUAAAUCCUAGAAAACUCAUUGUAAACCUCAACAACACACGAGACAAUCACUAUAAUUUAAAUAAAAGAGAGAUCGCUGAGAAGAGAAAGAGAGAUGUCGAGAGUUUUGUCAGUGGUUGGUGUCUUCCUCGCUCUGUCUGUUGUCCAUGCACAUGCUCGUCAAAUGCCGGGUGUGUUUGAUGAGAGCAAGACGACGACACAUGACGAUACAACUACAACGCUCGUGCAUGCAAAUGCAGCUAAUCAGACACCACCAAAAAGCAUUGGCGACAAAAAAUGCAUCGGAGGAGUAGCAGGAGUCGGCGGAUUCGCGGGAGUUGGUGGUUACGCCGGCGUGGGAGGUCUAGGUAUGCCACUCAUUGGAGGUCUUGGCGGUAUUGGUAAAUAUGGUGGCAUAGGCGGUGCAGCUGGAAUCGGUGGUUUUCAUGGCAUAGGCGGUGGUUUAGGCGGUGUAGGAGGUGGGCUAGGCGGCCUUGGUGGAGUAGGCGGUGGAAUCGGUAAAGCAGGAGGUAUCGGUGGUGUUGGCGGUCUAGGUGGAGCUGGGGGUGGUUUAGGUGGAGUCGGUGGUGGAAUUGGCAAAGCAGGUGGUAUUGGCGGUGUUGGCGGUCUAGGCGGAACCGGGGGUGGUAUAGGUGGAGUCGGUGGUGGUGAUGGUAUCGGUAAGGCAGCCGGUAUUGGUGGUGUUGGUGGCGUCGGCGGUGGACACGGUGUCGUUGGUGGCGGGAUACUUCCACAUCCUUGAUUAUUCUUAGGGUGAUCACUUGAUGUAUUUUCUCGUUUGGGUUUUUGUAACGUUUCCUUUGAUUUCGGCCAUUGUGUUAUGUAAUGUGUGACUAUUGUUUAGUCCUUGAUCAUAGUUACGGUUCGUACUAGUGUAUGAAGUUCUCUGCUC